AUGGAAGCGACGCCGUCUUCAGUCCUCAUCAUCGGCUCUGGUGUCUUCGGCCUCAGCACCGCCUGGGCACUCACAAAGAGACCACAGUUUGCCAAAACCUCAAUCACGAUUGUCGACGACACCGCCAGCGGCGAAUUCCCUCCAGAUGACUGCGCCAGUGUCGACUCAUCGAGAAUCAUAAGAGCCGACUACGCUGACCCUCACUACACCGCGCUAGCGACGGAAGCACAGAAAGAAUGGCGGAAGCAAGGGGACGAUGAUCUAGGGGGCCAAGGCCGAUACACAGAAUCAGGCUUCGUUCUGACGGCGUAUAACCCCAAGGAACUCAAGGUGGGCACAAAGUCCGGAAUGUACUACACCAAGGAGAGCUGGAAGAACUGCGUUGAGGUUGCUGCCAGGGACGGAUAUCCGGCAGACAGGAUAAAGACUCUGGAUGAUACCCAGGCUUUGAAUGAUUGCCUGGGCACCGAUACGUACCCUGGUGAUUGGGGCUAUCUGAAUACACUGUCUGGGUGGGCGAACGCUGGGCGAGGCAUGAAAUGGUUGUACGAGCGGGUGAAGGCAACGGGACGGGUGACGUUUGUGAAAGCAAAGGUGGAUUAUCUGGCAAAUGAGGGGGAUAGGGUCACUGGUGCGAAGUUGGCGGAUGGUAGACUUCUCACUGGGGAUGUUGUUCUAGUUGCCGCGGGAGCAUGGACGGGGUCUCUUGUUGAUCUGAGAGGACGGGUCGAGGCGACGGGUCAUGUGCUGGGUUAUAUUGAUAUCAGUGAUGAAGAGCUUGCCAUUCUUUCAAAGCAGCCGGUGGUUUUAAACCUUUCAUCCGGACUGUUCAUCAUCCCACCGCAAGAAAAGAUCCUAAAAGUUGCCCGCCACAGCUUCGGAUACCUCAACCCCGUCACUGUCCACAAUGCGUUGCCUCCAUCACCGUAUUUAGAGCGCAAACCUUUUGUCACAUCGAGACCAUCAACUAGUCGAGAUGGUGGCCUUGCUCGACUUCCACACGAGGCAGAUGCCGAUCUGCGUCGCGGCCUCGCCAAGCUGUCUCCCAUCAAGGGUCUUGAGAAGAGACCUUGGAAGGGGACUAGGCUGUGCUGGUAUUCUGAUACGAAGGAUGGCGAUUGGCUGGUGGACUGGCAUCCUGGGUGGAAGGGCUUGUUCAUUGCUACAGGAGAUAGUGGACAUGGAUACAAGUUUCUGCCGCUGCUGGGUGAUAAAGUGCUGGACUGUAUGUUGGGUAAGGGCGGGGCGCUGGGCGAUAAAUGGAGAUGGAAGGAUAUUGAGGAUGAUACCGUUGGAAGGGAAACGAAUGGUAUAUUUAAGGGUCUUAUUACGAUGGAUGGGAGUCGUGGGGGAGAUCCGGGGAUGGUGUUGGCGGAGGAGCUGCGGAAGGAGUCUGCUGUUAAUGUGGCGAAGCUGUAG